UGCACACCCAUGUGAAUUCAGCCACCACGGUUUAAGUCCAAUUCCCCAAUAUUUUAUUGCUCAUUCCCAAAAACCGAGGUUUCUUUCCCACAACGCCACACGUUUCAAUACCACCUGGCGUACGGCUACUGGUCAAUUCGUAUGCUUUCAAGCCCCGUUGUAUUGUCUGCUUGCCCGUUCCACGUGCCAACCCUGUUCUUUCGCUUGAUGUUACUACGGUCAAUUCCGACCUCCUAUCGUCAUGCCAGCUGCGCUGUCUUCAUUUACCUGGAAGGACAGCCAGCUUAAGCUGACUCAGGAGAGAUAUGAGGAGGGUACAACCGACCUUGAGUAUACGGCCUGGAUUGUGAACGAGCUUUGUCAGUGCCGCUUCGCUCCAGUCGCUAAGAUCCUACAUGAGAAUAAGGCUGUCCAGCGUCUUUUUACCCCGCACGAGUAUUUCAUCCAAGGCGAGGCGACGACUGCUAAGCCGAAGUUCGAUACCCAGACUCGUGCGACAUCUCUGGCUGUUUACAUCUUUACUCCGACGCAAUACCAGAACCCAAAGUGCAAGCAGUGCGGCAGUUUUCAGUCCCGUGGCCCUGCUUCCGACUGCCGUGUCCCCACCACUAAGCACGGUGCUGGAGCAUGCACCAAUUGCUAUUAUUCUGGGCAGAGCACAGCGUGCAGCCUUCGUAUUGCGGCAGAGCAGGAGCGGGUUGAGGUGUUUGCUAAGAAAGAGAAGGACAGGUUCGAAAUGUACACUUCGGACGAGCUUGACGAGCUCUCAGAGGAGCAGCUUGAGGGAUGGGCACAAAUGGUGAAGGAUGAGAUUGAAAACAAGCGGUCUGCUGGCAGAUGUCCGAUUAAGAAGCGCCGCUCAUAAGAAAGUGAACUAGGGCAAUCCAGAAGAGUAUUCGCAUGGUAGGAUCUCGAAAUGGCGUUGUUUCAGGGACAAGGAGUGCGAUAGUUAGCGUUAGGUUCUCAUCGCAGGGCUCCGCCAAGAUACCAGACAAUUUCCUUAAUAAACCAAAGUUGGUAGGACUCGUCU